GAACGUUCAGAGACUUCUCUGAAUCGAUUGACGUGUUUAAAUCGGGCCGAGACAAUUUUCAAUAAUAUUAACUAGAAUUAUCAAAUAAAUGUGAUUAGAAAUGCGUUUUAUUGUUCUGUUAUUAACAUCUAUGAUAGCCUUCACUUCCGGUGAGGUUCUUAAAGUAGCAUGUGGUGAUGAGACGUGUGAAAAUCCAUCAAAUAAGGCCGUCACAACACUAAGAUACCAACCAGAUGAAUCUUACAAAUUGCAGAUAAAUGCUGUGAAUUCUGAAGUCGAAAUUUAUGGGAAGACGAAUGAUUUCUAUUACAUUAAAUACGGCAAGAAAUUUGGAUUUCUUCCCAAACAUAACUUACGAGAAAAAAUGCGUGGUAAAUUUACGGUUGAAGUAGAGUUAGAUCUCUCAAAGUUAAGAAUUGAUGAGCAAGUUAAAGAGACGAAUUUUCUACAUGAGUACCUAAAAUUAAGUAAACCAAAUGCCAGCGAGACUUCUGGAGAAUCAUCAGAAAAGAUUGAUAACCAUACAGAUCAACCUGUUAAUGUGGAACCAGCAGUAGCUAAAGAAAAUGACAAUAGAGUCGAUAAAGUCGAGGCAACAAACGAAAUGGCAGUUGAAUCAGAAGAGAAUGACAGCGGAAUUGAAGAUGAUGACGAAACUGAUGAAGACGACAAUUCUAGUGAAACAUUGAACAUUGACAAUCAGGUUUCACAAGAAGAUUCUCAAGAAAAUAAUCAAGAUUUGAACAUUACAUCUUCAGAUUCACAACCAGUCUUAAAUGACACUGAAACUCUUCCAGUUACUGACAAUCCUCCUAACACCGAAGAAGUCAAAACUGAAGACGAAUCUAAAAUACCUUCACAAAAUGAAAUGUCAAUAGAAAUAACAACAGAAAAUGUAACAGAAACAAUUCUUCCACUUGAACAACCUGAAGUAGUUAAAGAAGAAGAAGAAAAAGUUGAAACAAAUACAAUUAAAGUGGAUUCAACUGAUUCUGCACAGAUCAUUGAAAAUGUUCCCACAAUUGAUAACAAUUUGAAUGCGAAUAGUGAUGAGAAUGUGACAGAUAAUGAAAUAAUUCUUCCAUCAACUCCACCAAGCAUUGUUGAACCUGAACCUAUAGAGACGACAACAACAGAGCCGCAAAUUGAAAUUCCUUCAACAACAGAGCCGCAAAUUGAAAUGCCUUCAACAACAGAGGCUCAAAUUGAAAUUUCUUCAACAACAGAGCCGCAAAUUGAAAUUCCUUCAACAUCAAGUGAACCAAUUAUUGAGAAUACUCAACCAGAAAUUGAAGAAACGACAACUGAGUUGCCUCAAAUUGAAAUUCCUGUAACAACUGAACAAGUGAAAACUUCUGAAAAUAAUAAUUUUGAAACAACAACUGAGAUACCAAAAGUUGAAUCAAACGUUGAACAGCAAGAAAUUGUACCCAAAACGCCAUUGGAAUCUCCUCCACCUCCACAAAGGCCGAAUGUUGUUGAUCAUGAACCAGACGCACUCAUGCAGAGAUUCAACAAAAAAUUAGGAGAUCGAAUUGUGGAAAAUACAGGAAAAGGAUCAAUUGAACCGAUUUAUAAGCCUGGUAUGGAUCAUCAUGAUCAUCACCAUCAUCAUCAUGAUGUUGUUCAAGAGAAUGGAAAUAAUCAAAAACAUGACGAGGUUAUUAACGAGCCUCAAACUAAGCAAAUUGAUGAUGAACAGUCAAUUUCCCCUGAAAUCAAAGAGAGUGAAGACAAACCUGGGUUCUUUGCAGGUCUCUUCAAGAGCUUUUUCAGUGAUGAAGAUGAUAGUGAGCAACAUUUUCAUGACAAAACAACAACUGAUGCGACAAUUGGAGAUGAAUAUUGUGAAAAAAUUGAUUCGGAAAAUUGUCCUCAAUCAGUGAAAAUGAAGCGUGAAACAAACUUUGAAGAAAAGAAAGAAACUUCAUCAUGGAAAUCUGCUGACGAAUAUGUAAAAAUUUUGUUGAAUCAAACAAUUGAGAUGAUGGAUUUAAUUAUAAGCAUGGGCUUGACAUCAUUGACAGUACUUAUAUUUAUUUUGGGUUAUUACUGCAUCAACAAGACAAGGAAGGAAACGCCGUUGAUCGCAAAGAUGAAUGAAUUGGAACGUCAUUUAAUGGCAACAAUGAAAGAGAACGAGGCACUGGCAGCUGAUCUCAUUUCAACGAGACAGAAGUUGUUAAGCAUUGAAGACAAUUCAUUCGGAUCAAAUGAUAUGGUAAUAUCUUUGAAGAAAGAUUUGGAAGUUUCUGAGCAGACAAAGCAAGAGCUUUUGGAGAAAAUUGUUUCUUUAGAGAAGGAAUUGGAAGCAGCGGCUGAAGAUGGGCUGGAAUUAAAUCGAAUGGUGUCGGAAUUGUUAAAUAAUCAAACUGGUAGUGAUUCAAUCAUCAGCUCAGUUGAAGAUUUACAACGUCAAUUAAAUGAACAGCAAGAAACUAUUUUCACAAUGAACGAAGCUUUGGCAACAAAAUCACGUGAAAAUAGUGAACUUCAAGUCCAACUCUCAGAGAUUAGUUCAAGAUUCAACGCGGAAUUCCAAGUGACUCAACAAAAAGUUGAUAGUGUUGCAUUAGAACGAUCAAAUCUUCAGAUUGAACUUGAAAAUCUUAAACGUGAAAGUGAUAUUCAAGUUAAUCAAUUAAUUGAAGAACGAAACAAUGAAGUGACGAGAUUAAAUGGAGAGUUGACAUCUUAUGCUAAGAAAUUUGAAGAGAAGUUAAAAUCAUUGAAUGCUGCUGAAUCAAAAGUUCAAUCUUUAGAAGAAUGUUUGAAUGCUGUAAAGAAAGAUUCAAAAGAUGGAAGUUUCAAGGAUAUAUUCGACGUUGCUGAUUUAAAAGCUGAUCUUCUUGCUGUGACAAAAGAGAAAAAUAAUUUACAAGAGAAACUUCAAAGUGAAAAAGAUGCAAGGAAGUUACUUGAAGAUCGUGUUCAACUUAUAAGUGAUGAAAUGUCAAAAUUAAAGAAAGAAUUUGGAAAUGCCGAGAAAGAAAAACUCGAAGCUCAAACGCGACUAGAAGUUUUGUCAACGUAUUUCAAAGAAAAAGAAACGCAAUUGCAACAAGAAUUAAGUGUGAAGGAAGCUCGAUGGAUGAAGCAACAAGGAGAGACAACGACAACAGUAGAAAAAGUUCAAUCGUUAAACGACGAAAUUCAGUCAUUGAAAUCACAAAAAGAUUCUCUUCAUGCAGAGAUUGAAGCUCAAUUUGCAGCUCAUAAAUUAAAUAUUUCAUCACUUGAAGCACAAUCACAUGCUGCGUGGUUAAAUGCAAGACAAGCUGAGAGGAAACUCGAAGAGUCGAGAAUGGAGUCAGCAGCUUUAAGAAGACGUUUAACAUUAAUAGCUGAAAAUCCAGCUGGUGCUAGUGACUUAAUUAAUGGUCUUCCUGGGAUGAUCAAUGACACAAUGAACUCAAUUCCAUCUCCAAUCAGAGUAGAAUCGCCGAAUAACACGAAUACUAUGCCACCAGCAUCAAUGAUGAUGCCUCCAUUUCUUCCUCAAGGAUUUAUUCCAGGCGCUCCGCCACCGUUCUUACCACCACCGCCAUUUAUGCAUGAUAUGGCGCCACCUCCAUUAGGACGUUUAAUGUCACCACCACCAAAAAGAUUCACUCCUACAAUGCGUGAUGAUCGUGAUCGAUAUAGUCCUAGAGGAAGAGGCAAAUAUUCCCCAGAUAGCCGUUAUGAUGACUACACCGCUUUUGAGACGGAAACAGAUUACAGUCCCCCACCAAGUCCAAGUCCACCGCCAAGACGUGGUUAUCAUUCACCCUCUGAUCGAAGCAAGAAACCAAAAGGUAAUGGAAACAAUCGAAUAUCUUCAUCAUCAUCUGAUUCAUCUGAUGACACUUGGUGAUGUUUAAAUUUCCACCAUUUGUGUCAUCAUUCAUUCUUUGUUUGGCUUUUGUUUCUUCGGUAUUAAGGUGUAUGAAUGAAUUUAGUACUGUUUUCAUUUGUCAUCAACCAUGAAUGUUUGUUUUGUAAAAAAGAUGUAGAAAUGUAGUUAAAAAUUUUUCAUAAUUUGCUAUGCUUUCUCAUUGAAUUAAACUUUUUUAAGUUUAGUUAAAUCAAUCAAUUAAAGAUUUAAAUAGAAAAAAUAUUGUUUUAUAAGUUUCAUUUAUUAUUUCAUAUAAACUGUCAUUAAAGAUUGAGAUAUGAUAAAGAUUUGUACACAUUUACAUAUUCAUGAUUUUUGCAUUAUUCGCAUGAUUUUUCUAAAAAUGAAUUUUCUUCUAUU